AUGAGUACCUCGUCUCCUCCCACUCCGCCAUCAAAGGCCUCAAUGGAUGACGAACGCAGAUUCAAAACUAUUACAUUACCCUGUGAGUGGGUGGAGGAUUACCGCCCAGGUGGUUAUCAUCCAGUCGUUCUCGGCGACGUACUCAACAGCCAGUACAAGGUCAUCCGUAAGCUUGGUGAGGGCUCCUAUUCAACAGUUUGGCUCGCCCGUGACCAGAUUAGAUAUGUCGCCCUAAAGAUCCUUGUGUCGGAAAUCUUGGCAUCGACAACCGAGCUACGAAUAUUACGCCAUAUCUCCCAGAUCGCACCAGUAGAAGGAACCCGGCAUAUCACGCAACUGCUAGGCGAGUUUGAACACCGCGGGCCUAAUGGCGUCCACAAGUGCCUGGUAUUUGAGCCUAUGGGUCCGAGUGUGAACACUAUGGUUGAGGAGCUGCCACAGUUUAGACCUCGUAGGCGGGGAAUGAAGGUCCGCUAUCCGCUUUGGAUGGCAAAGAGCAUCCUUAAGCAAUCCUUGCAGGGUCUUGCAUUUCUCCACGAAAAUGGUAUCGCCCAUGGAGACUUCCAUCCAGGAAACAUACUCUUCACUCUUAAUGAUGUCGACUCGACGCCCGAGGACUUACUCCGACAAGAGAAAGAUAUACAAGCCCGGUCGAUCUCUCCUCCUGUACAGAGGCUAGACGGUAAACAAGACGAAUGGGCUCCUCUAUAUCUUUGUGUUGCGCAGCCACUGUUGCCAUUUGCCUGCUCCGCCGAAGGGUUUAAGGUCAUAUUAUCCGAUAUGGGCGGUGCAUAUUUCUUUACCGAUCCGCCAAAAAAGCCCGUUACCCCACUCGGUCUUCGAGCUCCCGAGUUGAUUCUUACCGGAGCCGUUAAUAAUACCCUUGAUGUCUGGAGUUUCGGUUGCGUUUUCUUUGAGCUUAUCACCGGACAGCCACUUUUCUGUAUACCAUACUCCGAGAUGGAAGACGACGAUCAUCUUCUCUCCCUCGCCGCCCAGCUCGGUGCCCUCCCCGAUGAGUUAUUCAAGCAUUGGGGGACAUCGUCGCUCUACUUUACGCCCGAGAGGAAGCUCUUUAAUUCUCAGCUUGGGGGAGUCGCUCCAGGGGAGGAACCUCUUAUAGUGGAGCAGACAUCCAUGGAAGAGUCAUUCGAUCGGGCAGGCCCAAAUCUUGAUGAGAAGGAAGCUCAUAAAGUGAAGGCGCUCAUUCGAUGGAUUUUGCAAUAUGAUCCCGCGAAGAGACCUUCACCUGCAGAAAUAUUAUCUGAUCCGUGGUUCUGCGAGAUUGACGUUGAGAGCGACUCGUCCAAGGUAAAUAUAGUCUAG